UGACGCACUAUUUAGUCACAUGACAGCCGUAAGACGAUUGUAGAAUUCAUUUUAUCUCAAACUGUUAUCUGAAUUUAUUUUUAUACGGCAAAAGCGAUGGACAACGUGGGAUUUUUAACGGUUUUUGAUCUCCGGUGAUAUGUCAGUUAAACCCCUGCAUUAUGUCUGUGGAUGGCCCCCGGACCUCUGUCUUCACCUUUCAGUCUGCUGUACACAGCCAUCAUGUUCUUUGCUCGUUGGAAGAGCUGAGGCAGAAGCAGAUCUUGUGUGACGUGAUUGUGGAAGUGGAGAGCAGAAGCUUUCAAGCACACGCUUCUGUGCUGGCUUCCUGCAGUGACUAUUUUUACACCAGGCUCACAAACCACAGCCGACCAAACUUCACUGUCAUCUUACCAGAUGAGGUCACCGUGGAAGGAUUUGAGCCCCUACUGCAGUUUGCCUACACUGCAAAGCUUCACUUCACUAAAGAAAAUAUCCUGGAGAUACACAGAUGUGCAGAAUACCUGGGAUUUCACAACCUUGACAAAGCCUGCUUUGAGUUCCUUGUCCCCAAGCUGUCUGAUGGUAGUAAAACAUCACAAAAAGUUAAGAACAAAGGCAAGAUUCAAGAUUCCCGUGAUAAACCCCAACCCCCCUGUGGAAACCGCAGACCUAUCGAUGACCAAAACCCGGAAAUGGGAAAAGAUAAUGCACCUCAGUCAGCAGAAACUGCAGUUGAACCAACUUCAUGUGCAACACCCUCUACAGAAUAUCCAAUAAAUUGUCCCUCUAUCUCAAAUGUCAAAGAAGUACAGCUAGAUAUAUCCCCUCUGUAUGCAAAAAGCACUUUAAACCAUGUUGGUGAUGGUCAAGAGCAGUUUUGCCUCCAGAACUGUGGUCCACAGUUGCCUUCAUCUUCUGAGGCAGUCAAUGAAGUUUGUCCAUUCCUGUCCCUUUCAGGCACCAGUGAAAAUGAGAAACUGCAUUCUGCUACAGCUGGCUGUGGCGGAGACAUUUUAGCAAUGGAGGAUGAGUUUCAGACAGAGCUAGCGGUGGAUGUCCAUUGUGUUUCUACUGAAAAAUCUUCUGACAAAGUCCUGAACAUCAAUAUAACUAAGGGACACUUUGACCAACAUGAAAGUUCUCUGAUUCCACAGACUGAAUGUCGCCAUUUGUGUCCUCUAAAUUCAGCAGAAUCCAGCAUGGUUUUGGACAGCAUUGAUAGUACUGGUAACCUAAGCAACAUUGGAACCAACAUCAACCAAGUCUUUGAUUCCAACGAACAAACAUUCCCCGAUCUGGCCCCUAAAGAUGGCUACACUGAACGGAGCACAGUGGAAAGGGAAGUGGCCGAGCAUCUCGCAAAAGGCUUUUGGUCUGAUUUGAGCUCCACAUUAACCGAGCCGCUUCCUCUGGACUCUAUUGACCAGUCAGCUGCAGGAAAUAGCUCAGACUUCCACUGGUUGAAGCAUUUGGAUCUGGGUGCUGCACCUGAUGACUGUCCCUUUCUGAGGGACCUGAGCUCCAAUGAGCAACAGAGCUCUAGAGAGGACAACUUGUCCAAAGAGGACACAAGGGACAGUCCCAGCAUGUCCCCCAUUAUCUCUAUGGAGAACUCGGAGUGUGAAUCGGAUGGAGACAGUGAGCAAUGUGCUAGCAAUGAUCAGGUGCAGGAGGUGGAUUUGCCGUUCCCUGUGGAACAAAUUUCCAGCAUGAGCAGGAGAGCAUUCUUGCAGAUGUUAAAAGAGCAGCAACUGACCCCUGAACAGCUGGAAUUUGUUCAGGAUGUGAGACGACGCAGUAAGAACCGUGUGGCUGCACAACGCUGCCGCAAAAGGAAACUAGACUGUAUCUACAGGCUUGAGGGAGAGAUCAAAAGACUGAGGAGCGAGAAGGAGAAGUUACUGCAAGAUCGCAACCAGCUCAAGCUCAGCUUGGAGGAGAUGCGUCGAAACCUCUCAGACCUGUGCCAGAGCCUCUCCAGGGACCCCUCGCCACAGUCCGAGCAGCUGCAAGCCCUGUCCAAGUACCUCUCCUCUGACGGUCCCACCUCCGUCCUACUCACCCCCAUUGCCUCCCCCAACCUGGCUGGCCCAGACCGGGAAACCCAUGCAGACACCUGCCUGGAGGGCUUUAUAGCAGAGGAAGUUCUGGACACUUGUUCUCAAGAAGAAUCAAUAGCACUCAGGUCCUCCACUGCCUUGCUGCAAGACAACAUGCAAAGCACUGUUACAGAUCCGGAGCCAUGUUUCAGAAUGGAGUAAAGCACUUUGUGACUGGUUUGAUAUUUCAUUUUUACUCAGGAGCUUACCUUUCUGCAACGAUCAGUUACAUUUUGAGCAUGAUCUUCUAAUUGGCACUUUCGUAAUGUUUUAAGUCAUAUAUGAAUAUGAAUAAUUUUGCACUUUUAUCAGGAGUUUCAUAUGGAAAUGCUUGGUGUUUCAUCCCUUGUUUGAUGUUAUGCUGUGGAGCCAUAAUGGCUAUGUUCACAUAGUCAGUGUUUACUUACAGGUGUGAAUCUCAGAUCUUUCUGUACACACAACAGCUUAUAGGCGCUUAUCGAAAACUGACUGUACAAACAAAUAUCUAAAGUCAAGCCCAUUUUCUAUACCCACAAUAAGCUGUGAAUAACACCUGUAACCAUGGAGACAAAAAUUAUGACUUCCACUACUUCAAAAAGUCUUUUAACAAUUGACACCGAAUUGACAACGAUAUUUAAUAAACCAGUCCAACCAAUGAACCCAUUUAUGCAUCAAAUCUAAUUUGAUGGAAAAUGGCUUUGAAUUAGGGUGGGGUAUUAUGGCCACAAAAAUUAUAUUUUUCAUUAAUUUUAAUAUUUUCAGCCUUUUGAUGAUAUUCAACAUAUACUGUAUCUUGAUGGUGAUGUCUGGUUCAAUCAGAGGAAUUAUCAUGUCAGCCAAACAGCCAUUAUAGCCAAGGACAUUCAGAAUGUUUAAUGCAAUAAGUAAACAUUUUGUUAAAAAUAAUGAAGGCGUGUUCUCCACAGUUUACUAAAUGAACUUGAGAGUAGUUAAUUAUUUCCAUUUAUAUUCAACAAAAUACAGCAAUAUAUUUAUUGUGAUACAUUAAAUAAUAAUUUACCUACAUAUAAAGAAAUUUGGGGGAAUAAACAUGGUGUUGAAAAGCUAUUUCACUCACUUAUUUUUUAGAACCUAGUUGAAGAUUGUUAUAAUACUGCAUUAUGAUUGUGGGACCCAGUCAAGUUAAUUAAUUAUCAUUAAUAUUAUUGAGGAUUAUUUUUGAUUUAUGCGAAAGUAAUGUAUUGUAUUUAUUUCACCUGGAGCUUUUAGUUUGUUGCAUCUCCUCCUUUUGUGAUUCUGUGUUACAUUUUCAGAUUUGUGUAAUAACAUGUAGCAGUGAUGAAUGUUUGGAAUUGCGCGAAUGUGAGAACCUGCCACACUUCACUUUCACAGUGAACGCGAAUCGCUCUGACACUGCCGAAAACGCGUAUCACAAACCCUGCGCGUGCACACAGAACAGCACGUCCUCCAUUCACUCUAAAGCGCACACAGACCAUGUAUUCAUUUAAUUAAAUCUCAACCUUUUGCAGUUUAAUAAUCACAUAUGACCAUAUCACAAUUUUGAUGUUAUGUUAUAUCGCCGGCUAAAUCAUUGUGAUAAUAUUGUAAAUAUUCAGUAUAUAUCUUUUUUUUAGCUUGCAACUGAGUGCAACAUUUGGAAGAAAGCAACUGGAUCCAAAUCCUUCAGGUGUAAAAUACCUUAUAUCUCUGUUUCUCUGAGUUACUGGAACCAAUCAUGAAAUAACGCAACACACUAGCCAAACUCACAUGUGAACAUACAGGAACUGUAUCUAGCACUCUAACAGGACUGACGACCAUAUUGUUCGUCUGUGUGAACGUAGCCAAUAUGCCUGUUUUCCAAAUCCUAGCAUUAUCCUAGUAUUACUCAAUUAAUUUACUCUGCCAAAACGGACAAUCAUUGUAAUUCCCUUGAUUAUGUUAAUGCAUCGUGAUUAUGCUAUUGUAUGUAAAGCAUAUAACCAACUACAUUCCAGUUUAGCAUAAUCUGUCUUUAGCAUAACUGGCAUGGACAUUGUAUAUUGAAUAUGCAUCUCUUUUUUUUAAGUUUUUAAUAUAUGCAUAUGUCUUUUGUCACAUUGUUACACAUUUUAAUACUGUAACUACAGUGCAUGUUUACAUGCAUAUUAUAUAGGGUUUGUCUAAAGUACAUGGAAGCCGCAUUCAUUGUCUCGAAGGUAAAAAUAAUCAACUAUAAAUUUGUUUAUUUGUAAUUCUUUUUAUACAUUUUUAUUCGAAUGUCUCACAAUAAUCCAUCAUUCCCUUAUCCUAUUUGAAAAUAGUUAGGUAGUGUUACUUUUUGCUUAAGUCUAGUGAGUUAGAAAUUGACCAAGAAAGGUCAGUUUAAAAUGACUUUUGAAAUCAACAUGUAAUUAACAUCAACCGUAUAUACUUUAUUAACAGUCCUGGUAUUACUGUGCACAUUAUUCCAUAGAAAACAUGAAUGUAUUCAUAAUAUUUCAUCCAAAUUCUAUUUCUGCUGACAUCACCUAGGCUGUUUGGUAAUGUUAACCAAUAGCCAAACGGCUGUUUAAGUAUUACUACAUACAAUUUGCAUUUAGGUCUUCAUUCUGGAUCCAAUCAAUUACUGAUGGAUUAUAUCAAGUCUUUGCCUACAUUUUUCUUUCUUUGAAAAUUCUGUGUCAUAUAACUGAAGUAAAAUGGGUUGUGAAUGCCGUUUCAUGUUGACUUCUCUUUCAAAAUCACUUUAACACACUUAUAAGUCCAAAGAUUUUAUCUGGUUGUUGUUAAUGUCCUCUGUGUAAUUGUUACUUCAUUGAAAUGUUCUAUUUUUACUGUUAUGUGCCUUUGCUAUAACCCUGUAAUCAAAAUAUUGUAAUGUAAUCCAAGAACGCACUGUGUAAUUCAUUUAAUUGAUUCAGAUGUAGCAAAUAAUAAUUGCAAAUAAAAUAAGCCAGUAAUAACAUGUUUUUACUAAAUGUGUUAACACUUAAAAAGCAGUUAAUUAGGCCUUGCUGUUUCAUAACUAUUGUUUAUCAAUGCAAAGUACAGUACUCAUUAGUUUGU